CCCGGCGCGCGGCCCCCGGCCCCUCCUCACUCACUCACUCGACCGGCAGUUUCUCUCCGAGCCAGUGCCCGACGCUCCACACUGCUCCGCACUCCGCACGCGCCCCAGUGCAUUCUCCUCUCGACGCGUGUCGACUUGGCUCUCGUUUUGCUGUCAAAGCGACGCCUGAACCAGCGGCUGCCCCUGGCCCAGCGCGGCGCCGCUCCUGGACUGGACCGUCGGAUGGUCCCUGAGAGACUGCAGCGGUGACGACGACCCAGCCGGCCCCACGGCGGUCCAUAACCUCUCCUCUCCAGCCCGUCGCCCACCUUCACCUUGAAAUGAACGCCGAGCACGCUGCGCACGCCGCCGGGGACGCGGACUCGGCGGCCACGUCCGGGCUCUGGGUGUUCGGCUACGGCUCGCUCUGCUGGCACCCCGGCUUCGACUUCCACCGCUCCGUCACCGGCUACAUCAAGGGCUACGCGCGCAAGUUCUGGCAGGGCAACACCACGCACCGCGGCACCGAGAACCAGCCUGGACGAGUAGCCACCCUCGUCGAGGAGAAAGAUGGCGUCGUCUGGGGCCGCGCCUUCGAGCUGAGCGGGGAGGCCGCGCUGCCGUACCUGGCCAACCGCGAGUGCAAGCUCGGCGGCUACAUCACCAACUUCGCCACCUUCUUCCCGAAGCGGCCGUGCCUCGACGACGCCGGCGUGGGCGGCGGUGUCCCCGGCGGUGUCCCGGUGCAGCCCUUCGCCGCGCUGCUCUACGUGGCCACGCCCAGCAACCGCCUGUGGCUCGGCGACGCGCCGCUUCCCCUGAUGGCGCACCAGAUCGUGGAGUGCCGCGGCGCCACGGGCCACAACGUGGAGUACCUGCUGCGCCUGGCCGAGUACAUGCGGCACGCGGCCCCCGAGGCGGACGACGACCACCUGUUCUCGCUGGAGCAACUGGUGCGGCACGAGAUUCGGCGGCGGCGCCUCUGCCUCGACACGCUCAUGGGCGUGGCCAGCGCGGCCACCAGCAAGGCCACGCCCACCACGGUGCUCGGCGACGACGACGACGACGACGUGGUGGUGGCAGCGGCGGUGGCGGCAGCGGCGGCAGCGGAGCAGGACGACAAGGGCGACGUCGCGGACGUGGCCGAGCUCGCAGUGCAGCUGCAGCACCAGCACCUGGAGCAGGCCGCCGCGGCGCAAGACGCGUUCGCCUUCUCGUCGCGGGUGCCCGGCAAGAAGCUGCGCUGCAUCAACAUCUCUUGAGCUCUCCGUCCAGGCUGACGGGCCAGCUGACUGAGGAAGAGGCUCUCCCGGGCCUCCUCCGCACCCGCGUGACCGGGUGGCUCCCGGGGCCUCGGCGGCAGGCCGCUGCAGGCUGCAGGCCAGGCCCGAGGCGUGGCCGGCCAGCCUCCGGGCCGCGCGGCCACGGUCCAUGCCAAAGAUCGUAUGUCGGGUCGGGGAGACGGCGACAGCGCGUCGCCGCAGCGAGACGAGGUGGCCCGACGUCCUGACGGCCUGUCACGCUGGAAGGCAGGGGCGGGG